AUGGCCGAAUCCAACCAGCAGCGCCCCCCAUCUCCUGUCCCCCAGCCCUCGUCCUCACAUCCCAACCCUAACACCGCCUCUCUCGCCGGUGAUGAAACAGCACAGCAGGGCGAACUGUCGGUUGGCGCGCCCGUCAGCCCCGUGGACCCCGAAGACCCCGAUUCACCAUGGCUUGUAGAGACUAUGAGAGUGAUGAAGGAAUCGGUGGAUCGCCUUCCCAGCCGCCGCCUCAAAUCAACACCGGCAUCCAGUACUGCCGUUGUUUUCGGGACGGGUGAAGCUUCCGCCUCGUCUAUGGCCCAAGAAGGCCAUUCCGAAUCCCCACCGACAGCUGCUCAAUUCCCAACGAGCGUCCGCCAAUCCGUCAUACCUUUUCCUGGCAGUAGGCUGGCACCUCAGCAGGGUUCGCACGCCCUGCCCGGCUACAAGCCGCCUUCACCACCGACGCGUGGAUCGAUGUCUGACGAAGACUUCGAUAGGGCAAACAAGGAACUUGGGUAUCAGAUGGGCCCCCACUAUGGACGCACCACCCAACCCGACCUAUUCCCAAUUAAGCUCGCCCAUCUAGAAGGUACGAUGUGGAACGACUAUCUCGCGAUACAUCACUCCAUAUUUCAGUUGAAGCUCAACUACUAUCGCAAGGAAGAGGGUACGGAGGGUUGUCUCGCCAUGCAACAGGAGCUGGCGCUCCUCCAUGGGGACUGGCGGAUCUCAGUACUUCAGAAGAAAGUGGAAAGGAGACCCUUUUCCUUGCGAUAG